CCCAGCCCCAUAACGGCCCUCCUCGUUCAGUGCUUACGAAGCAGUGACAAGCAGCUGCCUGGGGUGUGCUGGUGGGUGACUGCUCUGGCCCACCUGUCUCCAGCCCUUCCUCCUGCAAGUCUGUGCCCUGCUUUUGAGCCAUGGGGGACCCCUCAGAGCCCCCUUCUGGGCAGUACUCCAACAGGAGGAGUUUCCAGGCCUCCAGUCAGCGGGGCAGUCAGGAGGCCUCACAGUCUCAGGACGCAAUCCCGGAGGCGCUGCCACAGAUGCUGCUGGGACAACAGCGGGGCAGUCAAGGGGUCCCCGCUGGCCUGCCCCAGGCUGAUAUCCGCAGGUCCCUGGGGGCCGAACUUCCCGAAGACGAGGUCUGGCAGAUGUCGCAGACCUUCCAAGCUGCAGAGGCCGCCAUGGGCCUCAUGGAGCACCCCGAACUUCCCUUGGGGUUCCAGACCCAUGCCUACCUGCCAGAUGGCAGGACCCUGGCGGGUGAACACACCACCAACCUGAUGCUACAGCAGCUGCAGCAGGGCCAGGCUGGCCUCUUGCAGCAACUGGAGUCAACCUACCGCCCCAGGGGGUCAAGCUUCUGGAGUCAUUUCGACAGCUACCAGAGAGAAGACCAGCACUUUAAGCCCGAAACUCAGCACAGCCCCUACCCAAGGGACGACCCUGGGACCCCCUGGCUGUCUCUCUCAGAGCAGGGCUUCCUGUGCUACAGUCCUGAGGUGCCUGAGCCCCAGCCUCGGGACUUGGCGGUGCAGAACGCCAAGGCCUACCUGCUGCAGACCAGCGUCAGCUCAGACCUCAGCCUGUACGAGCACCUGGUGAAUCUCCUGACCAAGAUCCUCAACCAGCGGCCCGAGGACCCCUUGUCUAUCCUGGAGUCUCUGAACCGCACCACGCAGUGGGAGUGGUUCCACCGCAAGCUGGACACGCUGCGGGAUGAGCCCGAGAUGCAGCCCACCUAUGAGAUGGCCGAGAAGCAGAAGGCGCUGUUCAUCCGGGGCAGUGGAGAUCGGGAGCAGGACAUGGAGGAGGAGGUGGCGGACACCGCGGUGCCCAACAUCAUGGAGGCGGCCUUCCACCUGGAGCAGGCCGGCGUGGGGCUGAGCGCCGAGGAGAGUUUCCGCAUCUACCUGGCGCUGAAGCAGCUGGUGGAGCAGCAGCCGGUGCACACGUGCCGCUUCUGGGGCAAGAUCCUGGGGCUGCGCCGUAGCUACCUGGUGGCCGAGGUGGAAUUCCGCGAGGGCGAGGAGGAGGGCGAGGAGGAGGAGGGCGAGGAGCUGCUGGAGGGCGCCGAGGCGCUGGAGCCGCCGGGCGGCGAGGAGGAGGGCGAGGAGGACGAGGAGAAGGUAGCGGACGCGGUGCCCAAGCCGCAGUGGAAGCCGCCGCCGGCGGUGCCCAAGGAGGAGAGCCGCACAGGCGCCAACAAGUACCUAUACUUCGUGUGUGCCGAGCCCGGCCGCCAGUGGGCGCGCCUGCCGCACGUGACGCCCGCGCAGAUCGUGUGCGCGCGCAAGAUCCGCAAGUUCUUCACCGGCCACUUGGACGCACCGGUGGUCAGCUACCCGCCCUUCCCAGGCAACGAGGCCAACUACCUGCGCGCCCAGAUCGCGCGCAUCUCGGCCGCCACGCACAUCAGCCCGCUCGGCUUCUACCAAUUCGGCGAGGAGGAGGGCGACGAGGAGGACGAGGGCGGCGCGGGCAGGGACUCCUUCGAGGAGAACCCCGACUUCGAGGGCAUCCCCGUGCUCGAGCUGGUUGACUCCCUAGCCAACUGGGUGCAUCACGCGCAGCACAUCCUGCCGCAGGGCCGCUGCACUUGGGUGAACCCUUUGCAGAAGACGGAUGAGGAGGAGGAGCUGGGGGAGGAGGAGGAGAAGGGCGACGAGGGGCCUGAGGAGGUGGAGCAGGAGGUUGGGCCACCGCUGCUGACGCCACUUUCAGAAGAUGCAGAAAUCAUGAACAUGGCGCCCUGGACCACCCGCCUGUCCUGCAGCCUCUGCCCGCAGUACUCUGUCGCCGUGGUGCGCUCCAACCUGUGGCCUGGGGCCUACGCCUUCGCCAGUGGCAAAAAGUUUGAGAAUCUCUACAUCGGUUGGGGUCACAAGUACAGCCCGGACAAUUUCAACCCAGCCCUGCCAGCCCCGGUUCAGCAGGAGUACGCCAGCGGUCCGGAGAUCACUGAGAUGAGUGACCCCACAGUGGAGGAGGAGCAGGCCCUGCGGGCUGCCCAGGAGCAAGCCCUGGCGGCCACCGAGGAGGAAGAGGAGGACGAGGAGGAAGAGGAGGACGAGGACCUGGAUGACUAAGGCCCUGUGGGUCCUUUCCCCAAGCAAGCAGACAACAGUUUUCCCUUCCACGUAGAUAGUUCCAGAUUGUAUUUUCACUGUGGUUUGCUUCCUGCUCCUGGCAUGCAGGGGUAGAAGACAAAUAAAUUUGCAGUGCAGAAAGUGA